AUGGCAAAUAUAGUUAGACCUAUUAAUAAUAAAGUUGGUGUAGAUGAUCUUGUGAUGCUUACAGAUGUAUCAGAAUCUGCACUAAAUAAUAAUCUUGAAAAACGUUACAAAGAUGGUUUGAUCUAUACAUCGAUUGGACCAGUUUUAAUUUCAAUUAAUCCAUAUAAACAACUUGGUAUUUAUGGACAAGAAUAUAUCAAUCUCUAUAAAGGUAAACAUGAAUUUGAAAUACCACCACAUAUCUAUUCGGUGGCCGAUAGAGCCUAUAGAUCACUUUUAUCUGAAAAAGAAAAUCAAUGUAUCAUCAUCUCUGGUGAAUCUGGAUCAGGUAAAACUGAAGCAAGUAAAUACAUCAUGCAGUAUAUCGCCUCAAUCACUGGUGGUAAUCAAGAGGUAGAACGUGUAAAGAAUUUAAUUUUGGAAUCAAACCCUUUACUAGAGGCCUUUGGUAAUGCAAAAACUUUAAGAAAUAAUAAUUCUAGUCGUUUUGGAAAGUAUAUGGAAAUUCAAUUUAAUUAUGCAGGAAAUCCAGAAGGAGGUAGAAUUACAAAUUAUUUAUUGGAAAAAUCAAGAGUAGUAGGACAAACUGAAGGAGAAAGAAACUUUCAUAUCUUUUAUCAAUUGUUGUCUGGCGGUGGAUUGUCAACAGAAGAAAAGAACAAGUAUUCAUUGUUGACUGUUGAACAAUACAAUUAUCUCUCUAAAAGUAAAUCUUACAAGGCCGAUGGUAUUGACGAUGCUCAGGCAUUUGCUGCUACAAAAAAGGCAAUGAAAGUUGUAGGAAUUACAGAUGAUGAACAAAGUCAAAUAUUUAAACUUUUAUCUGCCAUCUUGUUACUUGGUAACCUAUCAUUUAGUGCCACUCAGGCAACCAACAAGACUUCUACAUCUGCUGGUUGUGUUGUCACUGAAAAGCAGAUUCUCUCUACCAUUGCAUCGUUAAUGUCUGUCGACGCAUCACUCCUCGAACAAUCACUCAUUUCGAGAAUGAUUACCACUGGUCAAGGAGCUAGAACCUCUUCCUAUCGUGUUCCACAGACAGUCGAACAAGCACUCUACACAAGAGAUGCCUUUGCCAAAGCAGUCUAUAGUAAAAUAUUCGAUUGGUUGGUUCGCUCAAUCAACAGAUCAAUGGAAGUUAAAGUUAAAGGAACUGUCAUUGGUGUUUUGGAUAUUUAUGGUUUUGAAAUUUUUAAAAACAAUAGUUUUGAACAAUUUUGUAUAAAUUAUGUAAAUGAAACAUUACAACAAAUUUUCAUUGAUCUAACAUUAAAAACUGAACAAAAAGAAUAUGUUGAAGAAGGAAUCAAAUGGGAACCAGUAGAUUAUGUCGAUAAUAAGCCAUGUGUAGAGUUGGUAGAAAAGAAACCUUUGGGAAUUUUAUCACUUUUGGAUGAAGAAUGUCUUUUCCCAGAAGGAAAUGAUAAUUCUCUAUUGGAAAAAUUAAACAAGCAUUUUACUUCGCACUCUCAUUUUGCCAAAGUACCAUUGACAGCAAAGACUGGUCAGUUUAUUAUCAAUCAUUAUGCAGGCAAGGUUCACUACAAUAUUGAAGGUUUCCUUGACAAGAAUCGUGACACUCUCUUUAACGACCUCGUUCUCUUGGCAACAUCCAGUCAAUCAAGUCUUCUCGUCGAUAUAUUCCAAUAUGUGGCACCACAGGCCCUUGAAGAGGAGGACCCAUCCAUGAUGAGCAACAAUAACAAGGCAGCACGUGACAGACUCCAAAAGUCGGGCUUUGCCAAUCAACAAGCCAAAUCUUUAAUUCCAACAGACAAGAAACGUCCCAUUACCGCCGGUUUCCAAUUUAAAUCACAGGUUCAAGCUCUCUUAAAGUCUCUAUACAGUUGCUCACCACAUUACAUUCGUUGUAUCAAGCCAAACGAAACCAAAAGACAAUUGGAAUGGGAUGAUGACAAGUGCGCUCAACAAGUCAAAUACCUUGGUCUCUUUGAAAAUCUUCUCGUUAGAAGAGCUGGUUUCUGUUACCGUCAGACCUACCAAAAGUUUAUGCGUCAUUUCUACACGAUCACUCCCAAGACAUGGCCCAAGUGGGAAGGUGGUAAGGACGAUCCUAAAAGAGGUUCCGAGAUUCUGUUGGAACAAUUGGUACAACAAUCAAUCAUCAAGAAAUCAGACUAUCAAUUUGGAAAGUCCAAGAUUUUCAUCAGAAUACCUCAACCUCUUAUGACAAUGGAAGAAAAGAGACAACAACGUCUUGAAGAUUUGGCAACCAUGAUCCAAUCAACAUGGCGUAUGUACAGUACCCGUAAAUGGUACAAGAGAACUAUUGCCGCCCGAAAGAUUCAAAGAACCUACCGAGCCUGGCUCCUCCGUAGAGAAUGCGUUCAACUCAAAAACUCUUCUCAACAAUUGUUCCAAGGCAACAAGGAAAGAAACAGAAACAGUCUAUUACUUUCCUCAAAGGCAUUUAUAGGAGACUUUUUAUCCUUGUCUAAAGAUAAAUUUACGAUGGAUACUCUAAGACAAGAGGAAGGUAACGACGCUACUCUUCGCAUGUCGGUGCACGUCAGCAAGAUCAAUCGCCACCACAAGGUACAAAAGAGAGCACUGCUAGUCACCAAUCAAAAUAUCUACCACAUUUCCUUUUUUGCAAAGCCCAAAAAAGAUGGAUCAUGGUUUGUGAUUAAAAGAAAGAUGGCCUUUUCAUCUAUUGAAAAAGUUAGUCUGAGCACCCUGGCAGACAACUUUUUCGUCUUGCACAUCCCAUCCGAGUUUGACUACAUCUGUGAAACAAACAAAAAGACAGUGUUUAUCACAUUGCUAUCAAAACUUUAUCAAACACGACUCAACAAACCCUUGGCACUCGAUUUCAAGGAUACUAUUCAAUAUCGCAGCCAAAAAGGAUCAACAGAAGCAAACUUUUUGCGCGUAGAUACCCUCAAAUUAAAAGAUGAUGAAACUUUUACCAUCAAAUCUGGUGGCGGUAAAGUUAAAAUUUCUACUCUUCCAGGUGAAUCAAAAGAUUCAAAAUCUUUUAAUAUUAUUAAUAAUAAUUAA